AUGGAGCAACCGUCGGCGAUGGCAUCUACAUUGACCGACGACUUACAGGUGGAUUCCGAUCAGUGGUCGUUCAAUUUAGCGCCACUACUGUACCCGAAUGACGAACAGUCUGAAGUUGAAAGCUUGCAGGCGUGCGAUGUCAUGUGCAAUUGUCCAUUGACAGACAGUGUAUAUAAUAUGGAGGACGACGAUGCAAACACAACGGAUUCAACGGAAGACGACCCUUCACAGACCGUGAGGCCACGAAUUGUAUGUGCUAUCAGUGAGCUCCGUGACCAACACCCGACGACUACGACAUUGACUUCGGUGGAGUUCAAGGUGUUGGACGAGCUCACCGAAGAGUUACUGGUGACAGCCGUAAAGAAGUCGUUAAAUGUACCACCCGUAUCGUUGUGUCUGAAUGAUGAACAGUCGUCACGUGAUGAUGAUAGUAUUCCUUCACCUGUAAAAUGGAUUAUGGUACCGAGGGUCUUGGACAAGUUGCUGGAGUUUGAAGAAGUCUCGUCAGAAAUCAAAAACGCCGAUACAACGUACGAAAAUCACCUGCCGCCAUUACCGCCGUGUCUCGUGAGUGCGCCAGAACUGGAAACACGACUGCAGCAGGGCGAGUCUCCUUCGAUCGACAUAUCGACGCCAACAUUUGUAUCUGUGCCGAACUGGGCCGAGCGUCCGGAUUUAGAUGUUGAGACACCAGGUCCUGCAGAGAUCGCAUCCACGCCAAAUCGAAUGUCUCCACAGGUCGCCGGCGAGAUCUGCAUACCGGAACAUCUUGAUUCCGAUUAUUCACUAGAGACCAGGCCACGUGAUUGUAUGACGGAUAUCGCUGUGAUUCCAGCUGGCGAUGCUCUGGAUUUGCCUUCUGUCACUCCCUGUGAGACGGAGUUUCCGGAUUUGAAUACCGCGAAAAACACGGAUGUAACUGCCGUUGAACGCAGACGUCCGGUUCCACACAGUUCAUUUUGGAGGUGGACCAAACAAUUUGUAAGACGAUUGUUUUGUUGUGGUUCUAUGAACCAGAAAAAUAUAUAUCAUAUAGUUUUGAAACGUCCCCUCUAA